AUGCUUAUCGACGGCGAAAAGUGGGCGUGUGAAGCUUGUGUCCGCGGCCACCGUGUGACCACCUGCAAACACAAUGACCGACCUCUAAUUCGCAUCAACCGCAAAGGUCGUCCCUUUGCGACCUGCUCCAUCUGCAACUGCACCCCUUGCGAAAGCCCCGAAGAGCACGCCAAGCUCAAACGUGAGACCGAUCAUCAUCAUCCUUCUUCAUCCUCAAAACGAGCUGCUGACCGAUCCCCGCGACUCUCCGCCUCUCCGUCCACCUUUCUCCCCAUUGCCCCGAGGCCGUCCGUUUCCCCUAGUACCAGCGCGACGAGUCCCAAUUCAUCACUUCCGGCUGCUGCUAGCGCAUACGCUGCAGUGUCAGUCGCGGCGACUCUCCCAGGGAGUACGACAGCAACCGCAGCGGGAUAUCUCUCCCCACCACCUAUCGCAUCUCUCCCACCGUCAUUCUGCUCCAUGGCCGCCACCACUGACAGCAUGUCCAUGUCCAUGGUGAAUCCCCUGCUCGUGGAUGCGCAUCGCAUGUACAGCGACCUGGCGGUAUCCUUUGCGGACAGUAAUGCCAUCUACGCGCUGGAGGACAUGGGAUUAGAUGACGUCAGUGCAACCAUGCUCGCUGCCGAUCCCGUCUUUCAGGGGAAUGACUGGGACUGGUUACAUGAUGAUCACCAUGAUGGUGGUGUGCUCUAA